CCAAAGACUUUGUGAGAGUGUUAAGUUUGUUAUUUUACAAAUUUUCUUAUCUUUUUUUCAUUGAACUUUUGUUUCAAUUUUUUUUUAUUUAAACUUUCUCUAUUGUAAUUGGUGUUGCUGCUAUUAAUUAAUUUCUGGUGCUAAUUUGAGAGUGUACGCGUGAGAGACAGAGAGAGAGGAAUCAAGAUAGCGCCUUUUGAAUUUUCUAUCAGAAUCUGAGGACCCAAAAUCUAGGGUUUUCUGUUCUUUCUCUUGGUAAGGAUCUGUAGACAUGCAGUCCAAGUCUGAAACUGCAAAUCGACUGAGGUCAGAUCCUCAUUCCUUUCAACCUGGAAGUGUUUAUUCCGAGCCUUGGUGGCGCGGUAUUGGUUACAAUCCCUUGGCCCAAACAAUGGCUGGGGCAAAUGCAUCCAAUUCGUCAUCUCUUGAGUGCCCUAAUGGUGAUUCUGAGUCCAAUGAAGAAGGCCAGUCUUUGUCCAAUAGCGGGAUGAAUGAGGAAGAUGAUGAUGCCACUAAAGAAUCGCAGCGUACUGCUCCUAACGAACCAGGAAAUUAUGGGCAAGAACAGCAAGGGACCCAGCAUACUGCAUCAUCUGCACCAUCCAUGCGUGAAGAAUGCCUUACUCAGACACCGCAGCUGGAACUUGUUGGUCAUUCAAUUGCAUGUGCUACAAAUCCUUAUCAAGAUCCGUAUUAUGGGGGCAUGAUGGCAGCUUAUGGUCACCAGCAGUUGGGAUAUCCUCCUUUUAUAGGAAUGCCUCAUGCCAGAAUGCCUUUGCCCCUUGAGAUGGCUCAAGAGCCUGUAUAUGUGAAUGCCAAACAGUACCAAGGAAUUCUGAGGCGAAGACAAGCCCGUGCUAAAGCAGAACUUGAAAGGAAGCUAAUAAAAUCUAGAAAGCCAUAUCUUCACGAGUCUCGGCACCAGCAUGCUAUGAGACGGGUGAGGGGUACCGGAGGACGAUUUGCAAAGAAAUCCGAUGCUGAGGGUUCAAACAACUCAGGCAAGGAAAAGGAUAAUGGUGCUGACUCUGUCCUGUCAUCACAAUCAAUUAGUUCAUCUGGUUCUGAACCUUUGCAUUCUGACUCUGCGGAAACCUGGAAUUCUCCUAACAUGCAACAAGAUGCAAGAGCAGCAAAAGUACAGAACAGGUUCGAAGCACCUAGUUUCCAAAAUGGCAGUGGCUCUUACAAUAAUCAUCACGGUUUGCAAUCUUCGGUGUAUCAUUCAUCCUCAGGUGAAAGAGUGGAGGAAGGGGACCGUUCAGGUCAGAACUAAACCACAAUUGAUGGGGGGGUUUAGAGGCCGAGGUUGGUUUAUAUCCUAGAGACAUAUUGGUGAAUACCUUGGUUAUCUGUAAACAUUCUUGGCAAUAUAUGUGCCAAACGGCAAAUCAUUCUUGGCUUUGUUCUUGUGUUUGUGGUGUGAAUGAUAUUAUGGGGGAGCGAAAAGAGUGAUUGAUUAUUGAUAUUUGUGAUUUCUGUUGAAGUCGGUCAAUCAAUCCUUCUUUCUUUGCUCAUUUUUAAUUUUGUACAGUUUUAUAGUGGUUAGUCAACUCCAACUUCAACCAACUUGGAUGGAUGAUGAUCAGGUUAGAAGAAGCAAACUCUUGAUGUACCAACACUAUGUUUGACUGGUUUAUUGUGUAGUUCAACUGGCUGUUAAUGUUAACAUGAGACGUCAUAGUUUUAAUUUCAAGUGUUAAUGAACAUGCUUUUAGUUAUUACAGCA